CCAACAGGUGGCCCCCCUGGUGACCGUCUGCUUCCUCACCUGCUACUCCGCGCUCAACCUCUCGUGCUUCGUCCUCGCGGUCCUGCGCGCGCCGUCCUGGCGCCCCACCUGGCGCUUCUUCCACUGGACCACCGCUCUAGUUGGCGCCCUCCUCAGCUUCGGCCUCAUGUUCACCGUCGUCUGGUAUUGGGCGGUGGCAACGGUUGUGGUAACGAUCCUGCUGUACCUGUACAUCGACUUCCGGCAGGUGCAAGUCGACUGGGGGACGGGGCUCGGGGGGCUGAGGCUACAGCUGGCGGUGCACAGCAUUCUGAGUGUUGGCCAUGAGAGUCGGUACUCCGUCAACUGGCGGCCGCAGCUGCUGGUGCUGACGAAACCGCGCGAGGUUUGGGAGGCGCACUCGCACGCGGGCGACCAGCUUCUUGCAUUUGCCGCCCAGCUGAAAAAGGGACAGGGGCUCUCCGUCGUGACCGUCAUCGUGGAGGGCGACCUCAACAAUUCCCAGAAGUUCAAGGAGGCACAGUGGGAGCUGAAGGACUUGGAGCGGCGGAUGAAGAAGGAGAAGGUGACCGGCUUCUCCCGGACGCUUGUCGCAGCGUCGUACCGCGAGGGGAAGUCGUUUGCGCUGCAGUCGUCCGGGUUGGGUGCGCUGGAGCCCAAUACGCUGCUUAUGGGCUGGCCGCACAGGUGGGCGGACCCCGAGCAUCCCCACAAUGCGCGCAACUUCGUCGAGACGCUCACGCAGUGCAAUACGACCUCGAAGGCCGUCCUCGUAUGCAUGAACCUGGACUCUUUUCCGCGGCGCUCAGAACGUAUUGAGGGCACCAUCGACGUAUGGUGGAUCGUGCACGACGGGGGCCUGCUCAUGCUGCUCGCGCACCUGUUGCAGCAGCAUAGGGUAUGGAACAAGUGCCGGCUGCGCGUUCACACCGUCUCGGAGGAGUGGGACAACCCGGUGACGGUCAAGGCGAAUCUGGAGAAACUCCUGGAGCAGAUCAGAAUCAAGGCCGAGGUCGACGUGGUUGAGCUAACCGACGGCGACAUCGGUCCGUACACUUUCAACAACACGCUCAAGUUUGAAGAGGCCAAAAAGUACAACAAGGAGCUGCAGCAGAUCAUCAGCCGGUCGAGGAAUCCGAAGCUCGACCGCGCGUUUGGGCCGGAGAGCAGCAACGAAAACACGUUGAACAGCGAGGAUGCGCUCAUUCUCAAGGACAUGAGCGCCGGCCGGUUGCACCUGUCCAAGUCGUUGCCCAACAUAGAGGGCGGCAAGUACGGAUCUUCAGACGACGACGAAUCGGACGCUGAUGACGUCACCGAUGACGUGGCAGCUGAUGACUCGGUACCCGGCUCCCCGCCGCUGCUCUUCCCGGGGGAGAUUGGGAUGGUGAAGGGAGCGGAGAACGUCAGCCGCAGCAGGAACCCGAAGCUCGACGCAGCUUUCAACCGUCACGACGACGAAGCUCCCGAGCCGACACGUGGCCCGAUCGGGAUGAGCCGGUUGGGGGAUCCCUCUCCGUCGCAUGCCCCCGCCGUGCGGCUUGUCAAGAGCGACCUCGGCGGGGGUUUGGAGGGUUCGGAGCGGAAGCGCGCGGUCGCAGAAAAGUUCAAAGAUCUUUGGGAUAAUGAGGACGAGUCGGAGGAGCCGGCUGGGGUAGGGUGGAGUGCUGACGUGGCAGACGACGUGACGGGUGACGUAAGGAAGUCGUCCGCCGGGACGCGUUUUGAACGGAAGGGGUCGAGUGUGAAGAGGGACAGCUCGGCGCCAGAGCUCGCUCGGAUUCCCGAGGGUGAGGGUAUUCACAGCGAGGAGGGGGAGGGGAGUAGCGUCCAGCAGGAGCUGCCGGGCAAGCGUUACAAGCGGGUUCAGAUUGCGGAGGAAAUCCACGUGAUUGACAACGAGGAGACGUCGGGCAGCGGGAGCGGAAGCAGCGAUUAUGAUCCCGGGAAGUACAGUGAGAAUACGCUCGACAGUGAGAAUACGAUCGGGUCGGAAGAGAACCUGACGAUGCAAGAGCUGAACGCGACACUGAUGGGCAAUCCCAACUUCCGGUCGAAGGGAUACCCCGGUUCUCCUCUGGAUCCGAAGCCGUCCUUGUUAAGGGAGACGGCUAAGGAGCGGACGUGGAGCACGUUCACGAAAGGAGGGUCCAUUUCGCCCGCGCCGCUCAACCGGCUGAUCGUGGAGAAGUCGGCGGAUGCGGCGCUGGUUUUGAUCAACUUGCCGGACCCGUUUCUGAACAUGCAGCCGGAGAGGUACAUGAUAUACUGCGAGGAGUUGACCCAGGGGUUGAACCGCGUGUUACUGGUGCACGGGUCCGGAAAGGAAGUGGUCGCCAAGUUGUAACUUGGGAAAAGGAUUGAUGUUGCAAUAAUGUGCGUCGGCUGUAUUUGGAGGGCGGCCUUUGUGAAGCAGAGUUUCUGCCUCGUUUAGUCAUAUACUCUAGAAGAACACAGGACCGUGCUAGGCAUUCUUGGCCCAGCAAUUUUUAUACUAGAUCUUUGGCAUUGAAGCAGAAUUCUACAUGUACUUAAAUGGUCGACAUAGUGUUAAAUUGAAACGGUUACGUAAUCUACAGCAGGAUACAUUCCUUUGACAAAGGACAUGUUGUGUUAUUCGCAAAUUGUCUUUCCGCGAAGGGCACCAAUCUGCAUUGGUGCAUUGGUCCACCGACCGGGCCAAAGUAUUGGCCAACUCACAUGACCAUGAAAAGCUAGCGGACUUUCUUGAGAAGAG